GCGAGAGAGACGUGCAGGGAGGAGGGAGAGCGAGCAGGCCGGCGCGGAGCGCAAGGCCACCGCCUCUUCGCCUCUCCAAACUCCCGGCCAAGGCGCGCGGUGGCGUCCUCGCGCUCUCGCUCGCGCCCCCGCCCGUCGCCCGCGCAGGCCAGGCAUGAAUGCUGAGACUUGUGUCUCUUACUGCGAGUCGCCGGCUGCUGCCAUGGACGCCUACUACAGCCCGGUGUCGCAGAGCCGGGAGGGCUCAUCGCCUUUUAGGGCAUACCCCGGCGGCGAUAAGUUCGGCACAACUUUCCUCUCGGCCGCCGCCAAAGGGCAGGGAUUCGGAGACGCCAAGAGCCGGGCCCGCUACGGCGCGGGGCAGCAGGACCUGGCGGCACCCCUGGAGAGCGGCGCCGGGGCGCGGGGCUCCUUUAACAAGUUCCAGCCGCAGCCGCAGCCCCAGCCGCCGGCCCCGCAGCAGCCGCCGCAGCAGCCGCCGCAGCCGCAGCCGCCCGCGCAGCAACCGCAUCUCUACUUGCAGCGCGGCGCUUGCAAAACUCCCCCGGACGGCAGCCUCAAACUCCAGGAAGGCAGCGGCGGCCACAACGCGGCCUUGCAGGUCCCCUGCUACGCCAAAGAGAGCUCCCUGGGUGAGCCAGAGUUGCCGCCCGACUCUGACACCGUGGGGAUGGACAGCAGCUACCUCAGUGUGAAGGAGGCUGGAGUGAAGGGGCCCCAGGACCGGGCCAGUACCGACCUCCCCAGCCCACUGGAGAAGGCCGAUUCUGAGAGCAACAAGGGCAAGAAGCGGAGGAACCGAACGACCUUCACUAGCUACCAGCUGGAGGAACUGGAGAAGGUCUUCCAGAAGACCCACUACCCCGACGUGUAUGCCCGGGAGCAGCUGGCCAUGAGGACAGACCUCACCGAGGCCCGUGUGCAGGUCUGGUUCCAGAACCGGAGGGCCAAGUGGAGGAAGAGGGAGCGUUUCGGACAGAUGCAGCAGGUUCGAACCCACUUCUCCGCUGCCUACGAGCUGCCCCUCCUCACCCGGGCAGAGAACUAUGCCCAGAUUCAGAACCCGUCCUGGAUCGGCAACAAUGGGGCUGCCUCACCAGUGCCAGCCUGUGUGGUCCCCUGUGACCCGGUACCUGCCUGCAUGUCCCCUCACACCCACCCCCCCGGCUCCGGGGCCAGCGGUGUCACCGACUUCCUGAGCGUCUCCGGGGCUGGCAGCCACGUGGGCCAGACACACAUGGGAGGCCUGUUCGGAGCGGCGGGCCUCAGCCCGGGCCUCAACGGCUACGAGCUCAACGGGGAGCCGGACCGCAAGACCUCGAGCAUCGCGGCCCUGCGCAUGAAGGCCAAGGAGCACAGUGCCGCCAUCUCCUGGGCCACAUGACAGGGCACCUCUCGGCCUGUCCCCACGCCCUCCCCCGCCUUGGGGCACUGGCCACGCCCACGCUUCCUGGGCCCCCAGCCUCCCAUUCGACUGUCCUCUUAGGAACCUGGCCUGGGCCAGGGGCCUGGCCCUCAGCACUUUCAGCCACCCCGAGUGUGAGGCCCUGUGGACCGCUGGGAGGGAGGGGGCAGCAGGUCCCACCUGCCUGGGCCCCGAGGUGGAGCCCCUGCUCCUGGCCAGAGGCAGUGGAGGAAGCCAGGUGCCCAAGUUUUGCAGCUUUGCGUCCAUUAUAAGCUGAAGACCCUUUCUUCCCACCCCUGCUCCCCUGCCCUGCCCAAUUUGAGGGUUGAGUCAAGGCUAGGUUCCCAUCCAGACCGAGCAAACACGUCCGUCCUUCCCUCAGCUGUGUGGUCCCCUGGCUACCGGGCCAGUGAGUUUGUCUGAAGUCCGGAGUCCUGCUCUUCAGGGUCCUGCAGAGUCGCCCUCCUGCCGCGCCUGCCCCCGUUUCUCCUCUUAAAGCCCUGACCCCCUGGGCCCAAGGCACCUGCCUCACCUCCACCCACCCUGGCCGUCCCCUGUGCUGGACCCACCUGGAGGGCUGGACAGAGCAGGAGAGGAGCUGAAGAAUCCUGCUGGCAUCCAGCAGUGCGGGCGUCUGGGAGCGUGGACAGUCCCCGAGGGGGCAGGCUCUGGAUCUCGGUGAACACUGCGAGGGGAGGACCCAGACCACCCACAGUACCCACGGUGCUGGAAGGAGAAAAGCUUCUAGAGAGAGGAAGAGCUGCAGGGAGGUGUCCGGGAAGGGGCAGGGGCUCAGGCACUCACAUCCGCUCUCCUGACCGCCCGACGCCCCACAACCAGCAGGACGACUUUUCCAGAGGGCAGGUCUGGGCAGCUUUGUUUUCUAGCCAGCCAGGCCCCUCCUGGAGGACCUGGAGACGCCUGUCCCUUCCCCCACCCGUUCUGGUCGCUUGCCAGGGCUGCUGAGCAGUGUCCUGGCGUGGAAGGACUUACACCUCGGAACACAGAGUAGGGCCUGGAGUCAUGUUGGCAGAAGGGGUCGAGAGCAGCGUGAGGAAUUAGCUAAAGAAUAUGUGCUCAUGCUCGGCCUCUCGGUCCCCACACUGCCUCAGGCUGCCUGUCCCCUGUCAGCCAUCCCUGGAGCGGCACCCUACCUGCCCAGAGUCCCCCACAGUGGGUGGGGACCCCAUGUUCUACCAGGCAAGAGCAGAGAGGGCCUGCUCUUGGACUUCAUCCCUAGGGAAUCCGAAAUCUCAGCCCCUCCCUCUCACCAGCCUCUAGAAGGGUUGGUGGGCACCUCUCCUCUGGGUCACUUGCUCUGUCCCGGAUGUGGGGGCAGGAUGCCAUCCAGAAGCCGUGUCCCUCCCUGCGGGAAGGUGCUUCCUUCUGGGGAGGAACUCCACACCUGCCUGACUGGAGACGAGCAGCUCGAAUUUUGGUACCAGAUUCAGCUGUCACCUAAGCUUGUGGUACCCAGUCCCUGUCCUCUGGGGCCACCCUUUAGAACCCAAGAUGCCCCUCCAGUGAGAAGCCCCUGGGGACAAGUGCUCGCCUUUCCUACCUUCUACCUUGAUCCUGUCCGGUUGGAGGGUUAAGUCCAGCAGGCUUGGGGGCCUGUACACAGGACAGCCUCUUGGCUUGAGUGGAGGGUGAGAUCCUUUCCCCUCGAGCUGCUCGAGGCUUAAAAGGAAUCAUGGUCCCCACCUCUGCCUUGUGCUCUCAUCUGCCGUGGAAACAGGCCUGGGGAAGGAUCUGGUUUUGGCCUCCCUUGUUAAGAGUCAGACCUCUUUGUGAACCAUAGCUCUAACACUGAUCUUCUAGAAGCGAUCUUGGACGUGAAGUUAAAUGUUGGUUUUAAAUGAUCCAUAUAGCUGAGGAUAUUGGAAUGACUCUUAGGGAGCCUUUUCCAGUUCUGAGGUUCACUGAAAUAAUUCAGGCUCCCCAAAUCUAGGGAGGGAAAGGGAGAAACACUUAAGGCUGGGAAUCAUUCCCUGUCUUUCCCUUAAGGGCUCCGGUGGCUGGCAAGGACAAGGGAGGAACCCUCGUCAUACCAUGUUCUCACCCAGGAGGGGAUCCACACAGAGGGAUGGAGAACUGAGAGAUCCCCAGAGGAGGAGGGGAGGGGGCUCUAGGCAGAGUCUUCUGGAAGGGACCCCUGGUGCUCAAGCCUUCUAUCUGACUGCUUUCUGGCUGGGCUAGACCAAAGUCAGACAAAUUUCAACAAAAAGCUCAAGAAGAAAAAGCCUCUAAUAGAGGGAAGCCCUGUGGUUCUGGCUGCCCUUCCCAUCCACACAGCCAAGUAUUUAUGAUUAAAAUGUCCACGUGAAAUGUGCCUGUUCACCUCCCCACAGGUAGCUCCCUGCCCCAGGCCCCCAGGGCCGGCCCAACGCUCCGAGAAUCAUAGGACCUGGAGCUGGGAGGGACAUAAAGACCCUCUACUUAGUGUGGUCCCUUCCCAACGGCGAGGAGAAGGUCGUGGCCGCGGUGGGGGAGGGGCAAGGGGGGGUGGUGACAGGGUGACUGGGUGAGCAGGGCACACGCGUGGCCUUAGCCCGCAGGGGGUGGCGUGGCCUCCCGCAGCCUCUCCGCUCCCUGCUGGCCGCCCUCCCUCUCCGCAGCCUUCCCUCUGCUGCCUUCCCAGUGGGCGGCGAGGCCCAGACCUCCCAGCGCAGGAGGCGGCCCUGCGGCGGCCCCCGCGAGCUUGGGGGGAACCCUCGGGGGCUGGCUGGCUGGCUUCCUCAGGCGUGAGGGCUCAGGCAGGCGGGCACAGAGGGGCGCCAGCCGGCUCUGGGGGCCACCGCGAAGCACAUAAGCUGCAGGGGUGAGGCUUCCCUUUGGCUCGGGGCCUCAGGUCUCACAGAGCCAGAGAUGCGAACCCGAGGUGGCCUCCUCGAUGCUGAGGGGACGUCCGGGCCCCCCUGGGAACAGGCCCAGGCAGCCGGGGCUUGACACGAAGGUGCUGCUACCGCCCUCAGCGGCCCUCUUGGCUCCCGGAAGGUGCAAGAGAAGCAGGCUCUGGGGGCACACGACGAGGCUUGUGCCCGCAUCCUCGAUGGCACUGGCGGGACACGGACUUCGUAACCUUUCUUGAAUCCUUUCAACUAUACUUGAUUCUCGGUUCUGGCUACCGCGCCUCCUGCUCGGGCAAGCAAGGUGGCAGGGUGGGUUCGAAGACUCUGCAGGGGGAUGGGGUACAGCCGUCCCGAGGUGGGUCCCCAGAGGCAAUGGCCACAUGGGGCCCCGCUCCAGGGCCCCCCCGCCUGCCCUGUUUUCGGCGGGGUAGCCAAGAGGAGCUUGUCCAUGAAAGCUACCGUGUGUCUCGCUCAGGCAGCCGUUCUCUCUCGGGGCCGGGUUGAGGGGACAGCGUCAAGUAGGACACUCCGGGGCCUCUGGUCUGCUUGAUGGCCCUGUCAGGGCCAAAGGCAAACAAGACUAGCUGGGGGAUGAUGGUUGCCAGGCUGGCCCCCAGGAUAAGCAUCAAGAGAAAAAUGAGAAGACCACGAGAGCCCUACUUCCAAAGUCACAACAACCCCGCUCCCCUUCGCCGAGGCGGCCGCAGGGAGGAAAAGUCUUCUGGCCAGGCGAGCAUGACCUAGCCCCACCCUCCCCUCCUCCCCUUCACUCACACACAUAGAGCUAGGCCUUUAUACUACUGAUUUUGAGGGACAGUGUUCAAUGCCUGAUGAUCUGUUUGGAUGUGCAGUGGUGGAAAAGAGAGCUGAGCUGAGCGCUCCAACCUCGGCCAACACUGACUGUUCUCAUUGUAAGAUAUUUUAACCCUGUAUAAACGCAACUUUUCCUUUAGCUUAAUGGCCUGGGGUGGAAUAUUAAAAAAUAUAUAUAUUAAAGAUACAUUAAAAAUUCAGAAAAAAAAAUGUUUAAAAAAAAUGAGGUCAGUUCCAUAAAGUUUUACUGCCUUAUAGCACCAUGUAACGACAUUAUAGCAAACUAUUAAAAGAAUCAUUUCUUGCCUUCUAAAGUAAGUUAUUGCACUUACAUCUUCUUGGGGGAGGGGAGGAAUAUUGACGAGAAGGGGACUAGGGCCUAGGCUUGGGGCCGAAAGGCUCGGGUGGCAAGCGCUGGGCGUUCUGGUGCACCCUUCGCUGGGCACAGCCCACACUGUGUGCUCGGUCGGUGUUUGCAAUAAACUCCUUCUCCU